CUGAGGACAAAGUGACGUCAGUCUGGAGGCUGGUCCAACAUGGCGGCUGUCAUGAGGCUUGUCAACAGAAGCACUUUAAGUUCAGCAAUGGGUCAACAGUAUUUGGCGUUCAGCUCCGCAGCAAAGCUACAAACAGCUGGCGUAAGAGCAGGUCAAGCUCUUCCUGAAAAAGUGAAAAUAGUGGAGGUGGGACCAAGAGAUGGUCUACAAAACGAAAAGACCAUUGUGCCAACGGAGACAAAAAUAAAUUUGAUUGACAUGCUGUCAGCGUCAGGGUUGGCAGUCAUUGAGGCCACCAGCUUUGUAUCUCCAAAAUGGGUUCCACAGAUGGCUGACCAAGUGGAGGUGAUGAAGGGGAUCUGUAGGAAACCUGGGGUGUCUUACCCAGUUCUUACCCCAAACCUCAAGGGUUUCCAGGCUGCUGUAAAAGCUGGUGCCUCAGAGGUUGCCAUAUUUGGUGCUGCAUCUGAGCUGUUUAGUAAGAAGAACAUAAACUGUUCAGUGGAUGAGAGUUUACAGCGCUUUGAAGAGGUUAUGAAAGCAGCUAAAGAGGCUGGUGUGCCAGUUCGAGGUUAUGUGUCAUGUGUUCUUGGAUGUCCAUAUGAAGGCAAGGUAGCACCUGAAAAAGUUGCUCAUGUAGCAAAGCGUCUUUACUCCAUGGGCUGCUAUGAGAUCUCUCUAGGUGACACUAUUGGAGUGGGGACUCCAGGUAGCAUGACUGAAAUGCUGGAAGCCGUAUGCAGAGAAGUGCCAGUCAAUGCCUUGGCUGUACACUGUCAUGAUACCUAUGGUCAGGCCCUGGCUAACAUCCUUGUAGCAUUACAGAAAGGAAUCAGUGUGGUAGACUCUUCUGUAGCUGGACUUGGCGGCUGUCCCUACGCCCAGGGGGCAUCUGGAAAUGUGUCCACUGAAGAUGUUGUCUAUAUGCUGCAUGGACUUGGGAUUCAAACAGGUGUUGACCUGCCAAAGUUGAUGGAUGCUGGAGCUUUCAUCUGUCGCACCCUCAACAGAAAGACCAACUCUAAAGUGGCGCAGGCCACCUGUAAGCUGUAAACAAAAGCCUAACCGCACAUGGUUAACAACCAUACAACCCGGAGCAAUCAUCUUUAACAUAUUUAGCUCACCACAUUAUAACUAUAUUUAUAAUUUGUCCCUCACCUGUGUGAGAAUUCUACUUUUAAUACUGGGAUGAAACAGACAAUUACCUCUGGUUAGAUAUCUGAUCAGUUAUUCACACAGCUGAAAAAGUGCCUUAUGUUAAGUCACUGUAAUCCUUAAUAUCCUUCCUGUCUCAAGCCAUGCCUUCACCUGUCUCUUUUAAAGUGUGCUUGCACUACUUUCCGGGCAUUGGGUGAAAGCCAAAUGGAAGCACAGACUUUGUUUAUAAUCUAGUAAAAAUGUCUUGGAGGAAGGUAAACUCACUGUUGAAGUCAUACAGAGACAGAAGUGUUGUUUUGAUUUCUAUCAUCCUUAAUAUGUAGAGGCGACGGUCUAUAAAUGAAUUAUCUGAAUAAGCAAAGGGGGAAUCUUUGGAAGUUCAGCCUGAAUGAACUUGGGCAUUGUAUGGUGUGUGAAUAUGAGAUGUAUUCCACUUAUUUCAAAAUAGUUUUGUAUAUGUAGAAAUUCUAGUUUGACUGAAUGUAUUUAAUUUAAAUUCCCUGUCUUGAAAUUCAAAUGUACAUAUUUAACAAGAUUGUGAAUUUGGAAAAUAAAAUCUAUUCAUAAAUAAA